AUGAAUAGAAAAUCGAUCACAAGACGUCCAUCGGAGAGUCGACCGGUUGAUCUUCCAAAAAAGGUGCGACCAUUGGGAAGGUUGACGGGAAAACCGAGUCCGGCGACGAGUCCACCGGUGUCCGAGUUGGAAUCGCCGAAAUUGAAUAUUACAGGUGAUUUCGUGCACCGACAGAGAACUGUUAGUGGAAGAGAGAGAAAGACAAAGAGAAGAGUUAGUGUAAAGAAAUGGGUAGGAGUAGAGAGACGAGAGAGUGAAGUGAGUGAAGCCAUUGGCAUAAGGCACUGA